AUGGCCCCAAACAAAUUGAGUAGGGUUGGUUUUUCGAUAAGGAAAGAGACAGGGGAGUUGGCUGUAAUUGAGACAAUUCGGAUGGACGAUAUGGAUUUUUUCGAGAUGGUUAACCACUUUUUUAACCGUGAGAGGGAGGUCAUUCAGAACCCGCUGGCUCCAGAACGGGGGGCGCCUCCAGAGGCGCUGCCGCAGGCACCAGCACCAACGAAAGUUGCCCACCCCGCUCCCGAUCAAAACGAGCGUGCGGCACUUCGAAGGCACAUUCAAACUUUGAUUCGUGAGCAACUUCACGAACAUUGUGAAAAGGGGAAAGGACGGCUGCAAGCUAGAUAG